AUGUUCCGCGUCAGCAACAACCUGGUGGGGAUCCUCAACCUGGUCACCUUCCUUCUCUCCAUCCCGAUCCUCGUCGCCGGUAUAUGGCUGAGCAAACAGGCCGACACUGAGUGCGAGCGCUGGCUGGAGAAGCCCGUCAUCGUCCUGGCCGUCUUUCUCAUGCUCGUCUCCCUCGCCGGCCUCAUCGGGGCCUGCUGCAAGGUCUCCUGGCUCCUCUGGUUCUACCUCCUUGUUAUGUUCCUCCUCAUCCUCCUCCUAACCGUCUUCACCAUUUUCGCCUUCGUCGUAACCAACAAGGGCGCCGGAGAGGCCCUCUCCGAGCGAGGAUACAAGGAGUACAGGCUCGGUGACUACUCUAACUGGCUCCAGGACAGGGUCAACAACAACAAAAACUGGAACAAGAUUAAGAGUUGCUUGCACGACAGCAAAGUCUGUUCCAGUUUCGCGGACAAGUACCUAAACGACACCGUCCAGCAAUUCUAUGCCGAGCACCUCUCCUCGCUUCAGUCUGGUUGCUGUAAGCCAUCAAAUGACUGUAAUUUCACCUAUGUGAAACCAACGGAAUGGAGCAAGACCAUGGGUGUUGCCUAUCCUAACCCCGACUGCAAUGCAUGGGACAAUGAUCCAAAGGUUUUAUGCUUCAAUUGUGAGUCAUGCAAGGCUGGAUUGCUGGACAACAUUAAAAGUAACUGGAAGAAGGUGGCUAUUGUCAACAUCAUAUUCCUUGUCUUCCUCAUUGUUGUGUACUCUGUUGGAUGCUGUGCGUUCAGAAACAAUAGGAAGGACAAUGCUUAUUGGAGUCGAUACUAGGCUUGAUUUGGAUCAUAUUCUGGCGUGUAGAGUGGUUAGAUUGCCACCUUCCAUCUUAUGCAUUACGUUUCACUGUCGGCACCUAUAUUUGUUUCUUUGUAAAGUGCUUUUGAAGACUAUAAUUUGUGUGUACUUAGUUUGUUGGCUAUUGGUUAUGACUUUUAGUUUGUUA